CCGAACGCGGGACGGCUCCCGGGAGCGGCGAUGAUCCUGGAGGAGAAGCCGGAAGGCCCCGGCGCCGGCGAAGACGUCGGCCGGCUGCAGGCGGCCGGCAGCGGCGGCCAGGGCCAUGAGUCCCCUGCGCAGACGCGGCGCAGCCGGCUGCAGAGCUGCGGGGCCCGGAUCCGGCAGCAGAUGGAGAAGGAGCUACAGAUGCGCGCGGGCGCCGAGAACCUCUACCGAGCCACCAGCAACAGCCAGGUCAGGGAGACGGUGGCCCUGGAGCUCAGCCGCGUCAACUCCAGCCUGCAGCUGCUGCAGGAGGAGCUGCAGGAGCUCGGCAGCCCCGAAGAGGCCCAGCCCAGCAGUGAUGGCGUCACUGCCCCCAUGAUCCCCCUGGGCCUGAAGGAGACCAAGGAACUGGACUGGGCUACACCCCUGCAGGAGCUGAUCUCUGCGCAUUUUGGAGAGGAUGGGGCUUCCUACGAGGCCGAGAUCAGGGAGCUGGAGGGCUUGCGGCAGGCCAUGCGGACCCCCAGCCGGGACGAGGCCGGCCUGGAGCUGCUCGCGGCCUACUACAACCAGCUCUGCUUCCUGGACGCCCGCUUCUCCGCGCCGGCCCGGAGCCUGGGGCCGGUCUUCCACUGGUACGACGCGCUCACGGGGCUCCCUGCGCAGCAGCGGGCGCUGGCCUUCGAGAAGGGCAGCGUGCUGUUCAACCUGGGCGCCCUGCACUCGCAGAUCGCCGCCCGGCAGGACCGCCGCUGCGCCGAGGGCGCCGGCUGGGCCGGCCGGGCCUUCCAGAGCGCGGCUGGCGCCUUCUGCUUCCUGAGCGGGAACUUCUCGCAGGCGCCCAGCCCGGACAUGAGCGCGGCCUCCCUCUGCGCGCUGGAGCGGCUCAUGGCCGCCCAGGCCCAGGAGUGCGCCUUCGAGGGCCUCUCGCUCACCCCCGCGGCCCCCCACGACUGCCUGGCGCAGGAGGCCGCCCAGGUGGCGGCCGAAUACCGGCGCGUGCAGGCGGCCAUGGCCCAGCAGCCGGCCCACAGCUGCUUCCCCACCUCCUGGACUGCGCUGGUGCAGGUCAAGGCCGAGCACUUCCGCGCGCUGGCCCACUACCACGCGGCCGCUGCCCUCUGCGACGGCGCCCGUGAGUGCCCGCCUGCGCCCCGCGCCCCGCGCCCCGCACCCGCGCCUGCAGGCAGAGGCCGGUGCCCGGGCUCACGGCCGCUCUGCCCAGCCGGACCGCCCCCGUCCCGCGAGCAGGUGUUCCCCGCGGAGCCCGAGGAACGCCGGCGGCUGGCCAAGGCCCACCUGAAGCGCGCCAUCCUGGGCCAGGAGGAGGCCCUGCGGCUGCACGCGCUCUGCCGGGUGCUGCGCCAGGUGGACCUGCUGCAGGCGGCCGUAGCCCGCGCCCUGCGGCGCUCGCUGGCCCGCUACUCGCAGCUCGACCGCGAGGACGACUUCUCCGAGGUGGCCGAGGCCCCCGACAUCCAGCCUAAGACCCAGCAGAAGCCAGAGGUCAGGACGCCCAGCCUGGCAGGGGGCAAGGGGACUGACCUCUUCCACCGGCUGGGACCCCUGUCCGUGUUCUCGGCUAGGAACCGGUGGCGGCUGGUGGGGCCCGUGCACCUGACCCGCGGAGAGGACGGAUUCGGCCUCACGCUGCGGGGAGACUCGCCGGUGCUCGUCGCGGCUGUGGCCCCCGGGGGCCGGGCUGCGGCGGCCGGCCUGAAGGAGGGCGACUACAUCGUGUCGGUGAACGGGCAGCCGUGCCGGUGGUGGAAGCACACCGAGGUGGUGGCGCAGCUGAGGGCGGCGGGCGAGGCCGGCGCCAGCCUGCAGGUGGUGUCGCUGCUGCCCGGCCCCACACUGCCUGCCGCGGUGAGCGCGGGCCCAGGGCUGGUCCCCGCCCUCCUUGUCCCCGGAGGGGACCGGCGGCCAGCCCUGCCCCUGAGGAGCCAGCGGCAGCAUGGUGGAGAGCCGGCCCCAGGGCCGCCCAGCCCCCGGCGCCUCCUCGGCUGGAGCCGCACGGCCAAGGGGGGCAAGACCCGAGGCCCCGCCGUGCCCCGUGCUGCCGUGGAGGCUGCGGUGCCCAGCCCUGAGCGCCCGGGGCAGCUGUGACUGGCGCUCUCCCCCCCCCCCCAGGACCACCAUUAAACACCACA